GUUUUCGCUGAUCUAUCGCUUGUAACAAUCGAAAACAUGCAGCCGCGUUAAAAUUGUGAAAAAAUAAGUUGCAAAACACCCUGGAUCGGCGCGGAUAAUAGGAAUAUAUAAAACAAAAUUAAAUGUUUCGCGCUAUCGCCCAGCCAGCGAAGAAGCAGCAGCAGAAGUAGCCGCUCCCCAACUGAGAGCGUGGAAACCCCAACGCUGGCUACCACCCCCUCCGAUUGCUUCUCCUCUGACUGCUGCCCCUCCUUCUCCUCCUCCAGCUACAGCUAAUCCGUUGUUCCUAAAAUGACGGACGAAGGGGAACAGCAGGAGGCGCUUGUCAAGCGAGCAGAGGAUGAGCGCGAGGAAAUCUUCAGGCGGUACGAACUGGGCCUGGAUCCCAGCAACGUGGUAGACUCCUGGGAGAAUCCCACAUUCGAGAUCUACCACAUAACCGACAAAUAUGGAUUCAUGCACGACUCUCGACUGCCGACGACGCGCAACGCCCAGGAGCUGCACCGCAACAACAUCGAGGCGGAACGCGACAAGAAGUGGCUAAAGAUGCUCGGCCACUGGCCGCCGCCCGCGGACAAGCUUCACAAGCGUGUCUACAAGGGCAUACCGGAUCGCGUGCGCUGGCAAGCGUGGAAGCGUCUGCUCAAUGUCGAGCACUCGAUUGCCAGCAAUGUUGGCGUCUAUGCCCGCAUGCUACAGCUGGCGAGAAAAUAUUCGACGGAGGCGCGCCAGAUCGAUGCGGAUGUAAACCGUCAGUUUCGCGACAAUCUUGCCUACCGGGAGCGCUACUGCACCAAGCAGGUGUCGCUCUUCAACGUGCUCAAUGCCUACAGUAUCUACAACUCGGAGCUGGGCUACUGCCAAGGUAUGGCCUGUGUGGCCGGCGUCCUGCUGCUCUACAUGGUCGAGGAGGAGGAAGCCUUCUGGGCACUAAACACCCUGAUUACGGAUCCAAAGUACGGCAUGCACGGCCUGUUCAUUGAGGGAUUUCCCAAGCUGACGCGCUUUAUUGCCCACCACGACCGCAUCAUGUCCAAAAUAAUGCGCAAGCUACACAAGCAUUUUACCAAACACAACGUUGACGCCCUGCUCUACGCCAUCAAGUGGUUCUUUGUCGUCUUCGUGGAGCGCGUUCCGUUUAGUUUAAGCCUCCGCGUCUGGGAUAUUUUCAUGCUGGACGGCGAUCGCGUCAUACUGUCAAUGGCCAUCACCAUUCUUUAUCUGCACAAGGACGAACUGAUCCGUCUGAAGGACAUGGACGCCAUCAUUGAGUACUUGCAAGUGAAGCUGCACAAGAACUUUGGCUACAACGACGACGAUGCCAUUCAGGCCUUGGAGCGUGUAAUGAAGAAGCUCAAGGACCUGAAGCUGGACGUGCCGCCGCCGGCCAAGUCGAAUGAGUUCCCCUCCCGCAAGCUGGGCGACUUUGUCGAGGCAGAUAUGGAGAAGAAGAUUGGGCGCAGACGCAACGAUUAUACAGACAACGAGAAGCAAGUCAUUACAGAUGUGAUAUCAAGGCAAGAACAGAACGCAAUUGAGGUACAAUCGACGGUGUCGUACGAGACUUCAGAGUGCGCCACGGUUACGCUUACCGUUCCCGAGGACUCGCACUCAAUAAGAAGUUCGCUUGCAGGUACUUCUGUUGCCUCGCACGGCUCGUCGGAGACCAUGUCGCUGGAGGACAAUAAUGUUCACUUAAAAACCGCCAACAUGCUGCAGAACAACACACCGCAGCGUGAGUUACUCCUGGGCACCUGACGGCUGCCGCCUGCGUCGACGUCUACGGCGCAGGCAGCUGCAGAUAUCCGCCACACACUUUCCACAACCGUCAGCGGAGGAGGUGGAGGAGCGUCGAGUGUUAGCCCCACAUCUUCGCCCAGAGCCACGCCGACACCGCCGCCAGUUCCGCCGAGAUCGCCGCUGGCGCUUGGAUGACUGGCAAAGCAAAAGGCAUCGGCAGCGGCGGCGAACCAGAGCGGGAUAACCUAGUUCCUGGUCCUAUCAGCAGUCGUUUGCCUUUGCCUUGCCUUAAGUCUUCUUGCCCUGCCACCGCUGAAAUUAGACCUAGAACUAGGAGCACUAGCAGGCCUCCAGUCCAAAUUGAAUCCAUUUUUGUAUAUAUAUACGCCGCCGCCGGAGAACAAAUUGAAUGGCUUGCAAGGUGGGAACCAGUUGCUGGGAUAGAUGCGCCAAAUUAAAUUUACAACAGUUACAGUUAGAGUUUAAAACAAUUGAUAAACGGAAAACAAGCAAUCGAGAAUUACAUACGCAGAAAAAUGCUAGAGGAACAAUAUAUAUUGAAGCAAGAGCAAAUCGUAUCUAAUACAAAACUAAAAGAAAGCGGUUAGAAAUCUAUUUAAUUGCAUUGCAUAUUGAAUUAAACCUAAGCAUAUAUAUAUAUUAUAUUAUAGAGGAUAGAAAUUGUUGUAAAUUGUACUUGUAUAUAUUUACGUACCGAACGAAAAUACAAAGCAACGUUAAAAAGUUACGUCCAUGAAAUGAAAUGAACACGAAUAGCAUGUAAAGGCGGAUGGAAGGCAACCAAAAAUUACUUGAAAGCUACACAUAGCUAUAGAAAUCGAAUGAUUACGCUAGAUAUUUAUAUAUACAUGUAUAGUUAUGCGAACCAAAAAAUACACUGACAAAUGAGUAUUUAUAAUUGAUUUCAUGAUUAAUCUUUCCACGAAACAUGAUGAAUCAUUUAGCCUAAGUUUCUCAGCAACACGGAAUUAUAUUU